GGAGACGUUCUCGCUGUUGCCUUAGCUCUCUUGCUAAUAUGGAGGGUUUUAGCAUCGAUACAGGUGGGAAUAUCGUCAGUUGGGCUCUCGUUAAAAGUUUAACGGGCAGUAUUCGGCGUGAAACGACUAUUUUCCGUCAACAGCUGAUCUCCUAUGAUUAUUGUUCAAAAGUUUGGUAAUUAAUUCGACCCUUCUAGGAAAAAAUUGCUACCGCUCGUCAACCAAUCAUUCAGAUCGAAAUUACUCGAUAUUCGUUGUACGACUUAAUACAUCAGUAGCAAUUACUCCGCUGAUUACUUAGUGAAUUUCCAAUCCACAAGUCGUAAAUCAUUCCUGAGACUACAGGCGUUUGCCUUAUGCAUAGGGCUUAGAGAAGAAGAACUGUCUUCCUUCAGAUAUCUAGCUCAGUAAUGUUUAACGAGUUAAAUAUUCUUAUUCGCCUCGGAUAAACCGCGGUCCUAACUGAGUUGGUUAUUUGUAUUGGCGACCGUAAAGAGAUUAUAAAGAUGUCAUUUCUGGCGUUAGAGCUUGGUUUUGUUCCUAUCUUCAAGACCGGCGAGCAUUUGCAAAAUGGGAACAACUGAAUGCAAAGUGUGCCAUGGUAUGUCUUCAUAACACUUUGAGAAGUCUGUGAACUUUCUUCAAAACAUUUGUUGCUUUUUUUUUAAAAAAAAAAAAGAAAUCAUUUCAUUUUCAUAAUGACGAUGGAAACAAUGUAAUUCUCCAUUUGUUCUUUCGAUGGUUUGCCGUCAAUUUAUUGAAUAAUCUUCAGGCUAUAGUCAGUCAGUCAAUAAGUCAGUCAGUCAUUCGGCCAAUCAUUCAGUUAAUCAGUCAGUCAUUCUUCAGUCAGUCAUUCUUCGAGAGUCUGUCACUCCUUAAGUCAGUUGGUCAGUCCAUCAGUCGUGCAGUCGAUGAGUCAGUCAGUCAGCCAAUGAUUCAGAGUCAUUAUGUUGGUUCAAAUGCCGUCAGUCCUCCUUUUCACUACCGCUUAAGUAGUGUUCAUUACUGCAAAGAUCGCUCUCGCAUUCAUUUCGUAUCCUUUUGUCUCAAAAACAGGCUGAAAAUCCAAUCUUUAAGCCAACAACAACGACCUUUAUGAAUCCUAUGUACGAAGUGAAAACCCCCCUGAAGUGA